AUGGGGAAGCUUCUAAGCAUCGAACCUUUGGAACGUAAGUUCCCUUUCGAACUGAAGAAGCAGAUCUCUUGUUCUCUUCAAUUACCGAAUAAGAUCGAGAACCAUGUAGUUUUCAAGGUGAAAACAAUGAAUUCGAAGAAGUAUCAUGUUCAUCUGAAUACCAGAAUUGUCUUGCCUCGGUCUACAUGUGAUGUCAUAGUUACCAUGCGAGCACAGAAGGAGGCUCCUUCUAAUCUGCACUACAAAGACAAGUUUCUCAUUCGAAGUGCAGUUCUCAUUGCUGGCAUGAGCCAAACGGAUAUUACUGUAGAUAUGCUUAAUAAGGAUUCGGGUCAUAUUGUUAAGGAAUGCAAGUUGAAAGUGGUUUAUGUUUCUCCCCCUCAACCACCAUCACCAGUUCCUGAAGGAUGA